ACGAUUGUCCUAAGAGGUAAAUUAAAAACUGCAUGAUAAUGUCUUGAUUUCAAAAACUGUAUGUGAUUAUGUCCAAGCCAUUUUAAUGAAACCAGUUCUAAUUUAUGACUGUGGUGGAGAGAAGCAUAGUUGGACUGAACAGAAGCACGAUGUGAAUUGAAAGUUAUUCUGAUUCCUGCUGGACCAAUCAGAACAUUGUUCUGUAUAAUCUGUAUAACUACACCGCUGGAUGUCUGAUUGUAAUUUUCUAUUUUUGCUUCUAUUUAGCCCUAUUUGCAGAGUAUAAUCUUCAUAUUUUUACUGCGUUAUCUGGUGAUGAAAUAUGACCAGACAAUUAUGAGAAGAGAUCCCAUUUUUAGGAUUUCUCCACAAAGAAAAAGAACCCAUCAGAAUCCUGAAGAGCUCAGCCAAGCAGAUGACAGAGACGUCCUAGAUGAAAGGACAAGAGUUGAGAGUGCACUGGCUUCUGUCAAUGAAGGAGAGAAACCAGUUCUCAUUGUCCAUAACUUGCGCAAGGAAUACAAACAUGGGAAGGCUUGCUCCUCUCCUUGUUUCAAGAAGAAGGAAGAAAAAAAAGUGGCUACCAGAAACGUCUCCUUUUGUGUUAAAAAAGGUUUGAUUGGAAUGAAUUAUAUUCUUAACUCAGUCUCUAUUGUAAAUCUAUUCUAGUAAUUGAUCAGCAAAAAUUAAGUAAGAGAAGCAUUGUGGGGUUUGAAACACUAAGGCCAAAUUAGGGAUAAUAAUGCUCAGAAUAUCACCAAGCAAAUGAUCUGUAAAGGUAGAUUAAAUGUGACAUAUUUCCCAUCAAAUUCUAUUAUUGAA